AUGGCAGUGGCCGCCUCUCCAUCUCUCAGUCUUCCUCCACCUACGCAGCGCGCCACCCCAAAGCCGCGCCGCCGUACGCCGCCGCGAGACGUGGUCUCAUGGACGUCCGCCAUCGCGCGCCCGGCGCGGGAGGGCGACCUGCCGGCGACGGCCGCGGCGCUCUCCGCCAUGCUCUCCUCCCCCGCCGCGCCCGCGCCCAACGACGUCACCCUCCUCACUGUCCUCUCCGCCUGCGCCGGCUCUCCCUCCUCCCCGUUCGCCCGGCCCCUCGCGCUAUCGCUCCACGCCCUCGCCAUCAAGCUGUUCCCCGGCCACCUCCUCCUCUGCACCUGCCUCGCGCGGUUCUACCUCGCGUCCCGCCUCCCCCACCACGCCCUCCAGCUGUUCGGCUCCAUGCCCGUCAGGUCCGUAGUCACCUACAACACCAUGAUCACCGGCCUCAUGCGCAACGGCCUCGUCGCCGCCGCGCGCGAGGUGUUCGACGGAAUGCCGGACCCGGACAAGGUCUCCUGGACGGCGCUCAUCGACGGGUGCGUCAAGAACGGGCGCCAUGACGAGGCGAUUGACUGCUUCCAUGCCAUGCUGCUGGACGGCGUCGAGCCAGACUACGUCACGCUGGUAGCUGCCAUCUCCGCGUGCGCUGAGGUCGGCGCGCUCGGCCUCGGUAUGUGGGUGCACCGGUUCGUGACCAGGGAGAGGCUGGAGGGCAACAUCCGCAUCGCCAACUCGUUGAUCGACAUGUAUGCUCGGUGCGGUCAGGUGGAGUUUGCAUGGCAGGUGUUUGAUAGCAUGAGGAAGCGGACGGUGGUCUCCUGGAACUCGAUGAUUGUCGGGUUUGCAGCCAAUGGACGGUGCGUGGACGCCAUCGAGCAUUUCAAGGCAAUGCAGAGGAAGGGGUUCAAGCCGGACGCUGUGACGUUCACGGGCGUGCUCACGGCCUGCAGUCACGCCGGUCUCACCGAUGAGGGGCUGAGGUACUAUGACGCCAUGAAGGCGGAGCAUGGCAUCACAGCAAGGAUGGAGCACUACGGGUGCGUGGUCGACCUGCUCGGCCGGGCAGGGCGCCUGGACGAGGCCAUGAGUGUGGUGGCGACCAUGCCGAUGCGGCCGAACGAGGUGGUGCUGGGAGCUUUGCUUGCUGGGUGCCGGAUACACGGGGACGUCGACAUGGCUGAGCAGCUGAUGCAGUACCUCCUCGAGCAGGACCCUGGCGGCGACUCAAACUACGUGCUGCUGUCAAACAUCUACGCCGGCGUCGGGAAAUGGGAUGGCGCGGGCAUGGUCCGGGGCCUGAUGAAAGUCCGGGGAGUGAAGAAGAGGCCAGGCCGCAGCGCCGUGGAGAUCGACGGCGCCGUGCAUGAGUUUGUCUGCGGAGAUCGGUCUCAUCCGCAGGCUGAGGAGGUGUUCGACAUGCUUGGCCUGCUGAGCCAUGAGAUGGCAGGGCAUGAGGCCGUGAGUUAUGGAUGA